AUGGAAGAUUUACCAAAAACUUUCAACAAUGAAAAAGAACUGUCAAAAGGGACUCAAACUCCAAGAACUAUUACACAAGUUACCCCAAAUGGUUCAACCCUGUGGAUUCCUCAUUGUGAGUUUGAUAAAAAGCCAAUUGUUGGUAUGGCUUUUGAAAACUUAGAGAAAGCCUUAGAUUUUUAUGGUAAAUAUGCUGAAAUUUGCGGUUUUGAUAUACGUUCAUCUACUAGCUACAAAAAAAAGGGUAUUGUUUUUUUAAAAUAUUUUGUUUGUAGUAGGGAGGGUAUCAUAAAACCUAAACCUAAGAAAAGUGCAGAUGUUGUUGCACGUUAUAAGAGAUCAACCAAAAGAAUUGGUUGUAAAGCUAGAUUGAUUUUGAAAUAUGACAUAGCGAAGAGAACAUACCAUGUUUUAAAAUUCGAAGAGGCGCACAAUCAUUGUCUAGUUAGCCCUACAUUGCGUCAAUAUUUAUUAGGUAAUAGGAAAAUGACUUUGUUGCACAAAAAUUUCAUAUCUAAGAAUGCAUGGGUUAAUAUAGGACCGGUUAAAUCCUUUAGAUUGUUUAAGGAAAAUGUCGGGGGUUAUGAGAAUGUGGGAGUGACAAUGCAAGAUUUUAAGAAUUUCCAUAGGGAUUUGAAAAAAUAUAUUAAAGGAGAUGAUGGGAAGAUGUUGAUCGAGAAUUUUAUCAGAAAAAGAGAUAUUUACACGGGGUUUUAUUUUGAUUAUGCUUUAGAUGAGGAGGACCACAUUUCACGUUUAUUUUGGACCGAUGCGAUAAGUAGAAAGAAUUAUUGUUUAUUUGGAGAAAUGGUUACUUUUGAUUGUACUUAUAACACCAAUAAGUAUAGCAUGGUUUUAGCCCCUUUUACUGGUGUAGAUCAUCAUAAGUCUUGUAUUAAUUUGGUAUAG